CGGAGCAGGGAGGGGAGGUUUUACGCACUGCUAAGCACGGCGUGAACUCUGAACGCCUGGAACUCACAAAAACAGCAUCGGGCCAAUCAGAGGAAUAUUGAUCUAAAACGUUGAGUUUGAACACAUCAUAACAGCGCGGUCCGGACAACUUGGACUCGGACGUUUCCAGCUCUGGAGCAAGGCCCAGUGGGUGGAUGCGUGUGUGUGCCUUAAGUGUGUGUUUUCUUACUUCUGUGCACCUUUGGGUGAGGCUUCUGUGAAGAUGAGGGCCAUCACACUGCUGUGUCUUCUGAUGGUUGCGGAGGCUGCAGCCUCCAGGUUUGUCCGUGACUCCCAAAGUGGGCUUGAAGCUUUAGAACCCGCCAACAACAACGCAUCAGUUGUUCUUCCACCCUCGCAGCCAGGCCGACCACGGAGCUCGCACCCCCCCAUGUGCAUAAACCCCACAGAGAUCAAGCAAGCCUUCAAAUAUGUGAACACCAUCAUAUCCUGUCUGAUCUUUAUCGUGGGAAUCAUUGGCAACUCAACACUGCUCAGGAUCAUAUAUAAGAACAAAUGUAUGAGGAAUGGACCCAAUGUACUCAUUGGCAGCUUGGCACUGGGAGACCUGUUAUAUAUUGUCAUCGCCAUCCCCAUCAAUGUGUACAAGCUGUUAGCCGAGGACUGGCCGUUUGGCGUGUACGUCUGUAAGCUGAUGCCGUUCAUCCAGAAAGCAUCGGUGGGAAUCACCGUCCUCAGCUUGUGCGCACUCAGUAUUGACCGCUACCAUGCAGUGACGUCAUGGAGCAGAGUGAAAGGGAUGGGAAUCCCACUGUGGAAAGCUGUGGAGGUGACACUGAUCUGGCUGCUUGCUGUGGUGCUCGCAGUUCCCGAGGCGCUCGCAUUUGACAUGUUGGAGAUGCCAUACAGAGGCACCAAGCUGAGGGUUUGCCUGUUGCAUCCAGUACAGACCACAAGCUUUAUGAAGUUCUACAAGGAAGCGAAGGACUGGUGGCUGUUUGGCUUCUAUUUCUGUUUCCCUCUGGUCUGCACGGGAAUCUUCUACAGUCUCAUGUCCUGUGAGAUGCUCAGCCGCAAAAAAGGCAUGCGCAUCGCACUCAACGACCACAUGAAGCAGAGGAGGGAAGUAGCAAAGACGGUGUUCUGCCUGGUGUUGAUUUUUGCUUUCUGCUGGCUGCCCCUUCAUCUCAGCCGUAUUCUGAAGAAAACAGUCUAUGAGGAGGAUGACCCCGACCGCUGUGAGCUGCUCAGUUUCCUGUUAGUGAUGGAUUACAUUGGAAUCAACAUGGCCUCCAUAAACUCCUGCAUUAACCCGAUUGCCCUCUACUUUGUCAGCCAAAAGUUUAAAAACUGUUUCCAGUCCUGCCUGUGUUGCUGGUGUUACAGAACAUCUCACGUGGAUGACCGAGGCUCAGGAGGACGCUGGAAGGGCUCAUGCCACGUGUUCCCAUCAGGGACAAACAGCAGUCUCAGUGCCGACACACUGGCCUUCAGAUCAGAGUCAGAAGGGGAACCUGGAGUCACUUCUACAGGACUCGCCGCAGACUGAAAGACUCAAAGAUCAACCCCAAAAUGCUGAUGAAAUAAUGGAAGUGUGCCUCCUCAGGCUUCAAUAGUAAAUGCAAAAGCUUUGAUGAAACCAAUGCUACAUAAACACGUUCAUAUUCCUAUGCUGAGGCCUCUCUAGAGGACAACUCAGUGACACUAAAAAUGCAUUUAUACAGAAUGUUUAUUCAAACCACUAUGUAAAUGUAUGUACAGUAUUAUUUACAUAUAGAGUGCAAACUUACCAUCAUAUUUAGCCUUAGUAUUUCGUGUAGCUAUGAAUAAGCACUGAAAAACACUACCUGUUGAAGCUUUAUUACCUCACGGGGAAAGCUAGAGGGAAACUGUGACCCUUAGUAAUUUUACAAUGUAGCUUCUAUUUUUCUAAGAAAACAACACAAAACACACGAAGAGCUCGUGUUACCUACUGACGUGAGGUGUCCACAUGUUGUUAUUGCCAAAUAUUUCACCUCUAUCGGAGAGCAGUAAUGUUUCUUUGGCUGGAAAUUAGUCUGAAUAUGCUUUGUGAGAGCUGUUUAAGUAAUACAUUUUUGAGCCAUGUAAAAGCUUUUUGGAAGGAAAAAGAAAUUUGCUGGAUAAGCUGUGUGUAAGUGAAUGAUUCUAAAACUCCACAUAACAAGGGAAGGUUAAAAAGUUCCACAACACAGCCCAUAAAAAGCUGAGGUCAGACAUGACUUAAAUGAGGCGGCUGCCAAGGUCAAUCUGAACAGCCGUCGACACCUGCGAUUUCAUCAUGGACCUGUAUGUAACUUGUGCAGAGAGCAACCAUCGGCUUUUGUUUCAGACUGACUCAGCUUUUAUGUUGAGGAUCAUUACUAGGAAUGACAGCUGGGUCCUCAGACCCAGAGACCAAACGGGAAAUUACAGUGGAAGAGCUUGCAGCUUCGAACGAGGAGUGUGACCAGGAGCACACAUAUUCUUCUUAUUAUCAUUAUUAUCUAUUUUUUUAAACAGUAAAUUAGUCUCCCUGGGUCAGACACUCGAAGCAGGGUUAGGCUGUAAUGUCCUGAGUAGGGUUAUACUAGAAUUCCGACACUCAGGAAUAAACUCGACACCCAACGCAAUUUUUAACACCACAAAAUAGGCAUACUUCUUUUAAAAUAUUAGAACAAUGCUGGUUCAUGCAAAGGACUGAACCACAGCCCUGUUCAUUUUCUGUGCUUCCGCUGACUUAGUCCCACGUUUUUGUUGCUGAACAGAGUUGAAGAGGUAGGCUGCCAGUGAGAAAUAUUUACACAAAUAAUUGUGCCUUUGUGUUAAAUUAACAGUCCAUUAACUUUACAAACAGGCAGGACCUAUAACAUUUGCUGACUAUCUCCAAAAUUACCAUUAUUAUUUCAUUAUUAGCCAUAGCUGCUAGCUUAAUAAUAACAGACAGCUAACGUGGGUUAGCUGCUAACAGUUAAAUGGCUAAUGCUAACAUUUAUGCCAGUCAGGUUAAUGUUUGUGAUAACUAUGUAAUACUUAAUGCGUUUGAAACAGGAGUUUUACUGACCUCUCAAACUUCCUCAGAAAGACAGGAUAUAAGUCUUUUUUAAGAUGCUUUGCUGAGUCUGUUGAUGUGUUCAGCUGCUAGUGGGGGAGGGGCCAAGCUGCAUGAAUUUGUCUGUCUAGACUUCUGUGGUGAGUCUUUGUAGAGCCUACCUACAAAGUCACCUGUGUAACUGACCAAUGUCACUGCCAGCAUUUGUGUAUGUGCAAGUGCAUUACAUGUUAAUUACCCUGUGUCUGUGUUUUACAUGCCAGCCAACAGAAACAAACGAAAUGCUUUUUGAAGACAAAUCUAAUCUAAUGUCAUCUCACAAUGAGAAAGACAAAGGUAGCUGUAAGUAAAGAGAAUACAGCACUUAAUAAUUACAUAUAAAUCUAAUAUAAAAAUUCCCCCAUCAGAAGGAACGCAUUCAUUCUGUAUUCACAACAUUGUCACUUGGGGAGAAAUAAUUGCACGUUACAGUUCAUUUUAAGAAAAUGGGACAGUGCCAAUAUUAAUAACUCAGUCCAGUGAUAAAGAAAAGCCCAGGAUGAACCCAUUUUAUGUAGCGUGCUAAUUUCAGUACAGUGUUUCUAAGAUUUGGUUAGAAACGGUUUUACUGUUCUCAGUAAUCGUGAAAUGUGCGUAUUCUGGGAAUCCAGACAACGUGUUUGCCGUCAUUUGGAAGACUGAAAUGGAGCACACUGAAAUAUGUUCAUCAUUUUAACGCCUGGACACAACAUCUAUCAAGUCAGCUGAUCAUGCAGUAUGUGACUCAUUAAAAUCUAUUUCUUGCCAUUUUGAGCCUGCUUUUAGCUGCGUCUAAGUGAUUGUACAACUUUGUAAGUUUCCUUUGUAAGUGGGAUCAACAAGCUGAGACAUGUCGGUGAUUUGACCUGAACGAUCAAGUUAAAUGUUUAUAUCCCCUUAUGUCUGAAAUCACAUUUAUAUUAGUAUGCAGUAAUAAAUAUCAUUUUAUAGCA